UGAUAAUGUCCGUUAUUUCAUUAGCUUGUCUGCUUUUAAAACAACAUUUUCAUUUCUUUCUCCCUCUUUUUUUGACUCACUUAUAUUUUGUGGUUUCAAAUAAUCUUCAUUUUGUUUACCUUUAUAUCUUAACCGUUUUCAAAUUGCUUACUUCUAGUUGAUGCUUUGAUUUGGUUGAUUAAAAUUAGCGAACCACAAAGCCACUGUGAACAUACACUCCAAAUUCAACAUGAAAUUAUUAUUUGUCUCAGCUGUUUGUACGCUUCUGCUGAUCUCAUGUAUCAAUGGUCAACGAGCAACACCACAAUUUUCAUACCAACAGCCACCACAACCUCAAUCAUCACCACAAUUAGUUAACUUUCAAAAUUAUCAGCCACCAGCUCGUAAUGAUCGUAAUGAUCGUAAUGAUCGUAAUGAAGAUCAAGGUGCUCGAUUACCAUCUCAACCCUCAUCAUCAUCAUCAUCACUUCCAAUUUCCUCAUCAAAUCGUUAUGAGGAACCACCACAAAUUGCACCAAGACCCCAACCAGGUCCAGUACGAUCCUCAUCACCUGAUCCAAGACCAACCUUAACAUCUUCCAAUGGAGGAGGAAAUUUUGUUUGUCCAGAAAAAUCAGGUUUCUAUCCUCACCCAAAAAGCUGUGAUAAAUACUAUGUCUGUGAAAAUGGUACAGCCUCUUUGAAAGUCUGUGGUAACGGUUUAGUUUUUGACGAUGCAGACUCACUUCGAGAAAACUGUGCUUAUCCAUUCUCAGUUGAUUGUGGUUCCAGAACUGAGUUAGAACCACCAAUAAGCACUCCUAAUUGUCCUCGAUUAUUUGGUAUUUUUGCUCAUGCAACUGAUUGUAAAAUAUUUUACUCAUGUUGGAAUGGUGAAGCUUCCAAGUACGAGUGUCCACCAGGCCUUGCCUAUGAUGACCAACAACGUGUCUGUGUUUGGGCUGAUGCAGUUGACCGUUGCAGUCAAUUAGAGGUUGCUGAAGGAUUCGUAUGUCCUGAUCCAAGUGAGGUUGAACAGCCUGGACAUUAUUCACGACAUGCUCAUCCAACCGAUUGCCGUAAAUUUUACGUCUGUAUUGAAGGAGUAGCUCGUCCAUAUGGAUGUUCAUUCGGAACUGUAUUUAAUGUCGAUACUCUUCAAUGUGAUGACCCAGAGAAUGUUCCUGGAUGUGAAAAAUACUAUGGCGAUAUUGAUUCCAAAACCGUGAAGAAACUUCAGGGAAGGAAUUGAGGAACUUGAAAGUUUUGAAAGAAAAUCGGUUGGCAGAGUUGAUCACAUCUGUGCAACUGGACAGUUUGUUUUUUAAUUAAUCAAUGGAAAGGGUUGAUCAUUUUGAAUGACUACAAUUAAUACUCAGCUUAAUUUUUUAAUCAAGCUCUUUUUUACAUUUUUUAGACACUUGUGUCUUAAUUACCAAUUAAUGUAUAACAAAGAUGAUAAUAUGCAAUCAUAAGUUUAUAAAGUCAUUGUAAGAGUAAGACUUUAAUGUGUUCACGAACAUUCAAUGUAUUAAUAUCAAUAUUUAUCCUCUAAUUUAAA